UCGCGGUAGUUCCUAUUUCAUUGAUUUGAAACAUGGCGUCCCAGGAAGAAGCGGGCAGUGCAUCUGUUGUUGCACCGGAGUCCGGAGAAGGUGAUGCGACAUUUGGAGACUUGUCAGCCAACAUGGAAACAGAGUCCUCAAAUGGGAAGGAAGCACUGGACACGGGGGGUGAGGGCUCGGAGGCUGCUGAUGCUUUGACUGGUUCAGGGGACGAGGAGAGUGGCAGGCAGCUGGGAGAGGUGGAGCUGCAGUGUGCCCUGUGUAUGAAGUGGUUUACGGCAGAGAGCUUCAGCAUCGACACUGCAACUUGUCUUCCGUUCAUGACCAACUAUGUGUUUCACUGUAAUGUGUGCCAUCACAGCGGCAACACCUACUUCCUCAGGAAACAAGCCAACUUGAAGGAGAUGUGCCUCACAGCUCUGGCUAACCUAACAUGGCAGUCAAGAACACAGGAGCACCCUAAGACCAUGUUCUCCAAAGACAAGGACAUCAUACCUUUCAUUGAUAAGCACUGGGAGUGCAUGACCACUCGCCAGAGACCAGGAAAACUAACCUGGCCCAACAACAUAGUGAAAACUAUGAGUAAAGAGCGGGAUGUGUUUCUAGUCAAGGAGCACCCUGAUCCUGGUAGCAAAGAUGCAGAAGAAGACUACCCUAAGUUUGGCCUCCUUGACCAGGAUCUGGGAAACAUCGGCCCUUCAUAUGACAACCAGAAACAGACAACAGCUGCUCCCACUGCCGGGGGAGUCAACGGUGGAUCUACUUUCUCAGGCGUUCUGGCCCCAGGCCCGGGGAAGGGCAGAGGAGCCAAGCGCAAGCAGCAGCAGCAACAGGAAGGAGCGACAGCUGGAGCGGCAAAAAGGACACGCAGUGAUCCCCUGUUCUCGGCUCAGCGUCUCCCCCCUCAUGGCUACCCCCUGGAGCACCCCUUCAACAAGGACGGCUACCGCUACAUCCUGGCAGAGCCGGACCCUCACGCGCCCGACCCGGAGAAGCUGGAGCUGGACUGCUGGGCCGGCAAGCCCAUCCCCGGGGACCUCUACAGGGCCUGCCUGUACGAGCGGGUGCUGCUGGCGCUGCACGACCGAGCCCCCCAGCUGAAGAUCUCGGACGACCGCCUGACCGUCACGGGAGAGAAGGGCUACUCCAUGGUGCGGGCGUCCCACGGCGUCCGGAAAGGCGCCUGGUACUUUGAGGUGUCCAUCGACGAGAUGCCCCCAGACACAGCGGCCAGGCUGGGGUGGUCGCAACCCUUGGGUAACCUGCAGGCUCCCCUGGGCUACGAUAAGUUUAGCUACUCCUGGCGCAGUAAGAAGGGCACGCGGUUCCACCAGUCCCUAGGGAAGCACUACUCCUCAGGCUACGGCCAGGGAGACACCCUGGGCUUCUUCAUCGACCUGCCCGACGGGACCGAGACGGCCAAGGCCCUGCCGGAUACAUACAAGGACAAGGCAUUGAUCAAGUUCAAGAGCUACCUGUACUUUGAGGAGAAGGACUACGUGGACAAAGCAGAGAAGAGCCUGAAGACAGUCACCCCAAGCAGGAUGUUUUUCUACAAGAACGGGGUAAACCAGGGUCUGGCCUAUGAGAACAUGUUCGAGGGGCUCUACUUUCCUGCCAUUUCCCUCUACAGGGGCUGCACAGUCUCUGUUAACUUUGGGCCGCAUUUCAAAUAUCCCCCUAAAGACAUCAAAUACCAGCCGAUGAGUGACAUGGGUUGGGGUGCAGUCAUCGAGCACACGCUGGCAGACAUGCUGUACCAUGUCGAAACAGAGGUGGAUGGGAGACGCAGCCCCCCCUGGGAGGGAUAGUACCACACACACACACACACACACGCACACACAAUUCAACAUUGCCAUCCAGUCAGUGCACACCAUGCAGACUGGGGUCUCUUCAACAAAUGCAAUCAAAGGAAGUUGUGUACAGACCAACUCAUGAAAUCUGGAGUGAAGCCUAGAAAGGAUAUAACACUGCCCUGCUCAAACUGUCUUGAUUUAUUUUGAAUAAACCCUUUUUCUAAAAACAUGGAUGCACAUACAGUUCAUGUAGAUUAGGAACAAGUUAGUUCACAGUGCUGCUGUUACAGUGAUUUUGGCUCUUAAGAUUCCAUAUUAGAGUCCACAUAGGACAUAAUAGCUAUACAUGGUUCACGCAGUCAUCGGGUUACAAUCUGUUAUGAGAUUUCAAAUUGUGAUUUAAAAGCUAGCCGUGCUCAAUUCAUUCAGUUUAAAAUGUCAAGUUAAUAUGUCAAUUUAAUGUCACAAAAUGACAUGCUCCUUGUGAAACCCACUGGACACCAAAUUAGAACACAAUUCAACAUAACUUGAUACUUCUGUUUGUUGUGGUUAUACGUGCUCCUGUUUUUAUAGAUGUAACAAUUUUGUAAGCAAUUUUAAUUGUUAUUUGAAUGGUGGUCAUUAUUUUGGGAUGUGUUUUGUGUUCAUUAUUGUUUUAAUAAAAUAACAUACAUUUUA